AUUCAGACGUGGAGUUGAGCCACUGGUUGCAGCCUCAUAGUCCACAGCUUGUUCCUUGUAACUCUGCGCUAAACGUGGAAAAGUAGCGCGGCGCAGCCAUAUGAUGAAGCGGGGAGGGGUGAAACAAGGAGGCGGACCUUAGAAGCUACGACGACCCCCACAGUUCAACUUCUGGGGGGGAUACAAUGUCCACAGCGUUUCUAAAAGCCCAAAUUGAGCUCCUGACUUGGUGAGGUAGACGCCGCGACUGUAGAGCCUUAACGCGUGGAAAAACCUAAAGGCAAGGAAAACUGCGCGUCUGUGUGCGCGUGUGUGCCAAUUACCCUCGCCUGUGGACUUUAAGACACCAAUCAAGAGCUUUUUAGAUCUUUACAUAAACAACAAAUCCUGCACCAAAGGGAGACAUCUGACCCAAAAUGGAGCCCUCUCAGUCGGAGAUGAACAUUUUAUCCAAUGGUAAAAGUGACAUGAAGACACAGAUGGAGGAGGAUCAAUAUGAAGACCCCGAUGGAGCAUUGGAAAGCGCAGAGUUUUUACCCAGUGCUGAUGGAAAAAAGCCUAUACGAUUCACAGAUUUUGAAGGCAAGACCUCUUUUGGCAUGUCUGUCUUUAACUUGGGAAAUGCCAUUAUGGGCAGUGGCAUCCUGGGACUGGCCUAUGCUAUGGCUAACACAGGCGUUCUCCUUUUUCUGUUUCUUCUGACCGCUGUAGCUGCCCUGUCGUCUUACUCCAUUCACCUGCUGCUCAAGGCCUCAGGGAUUGUGGGAAUCAGAGCUUAUGAACAGCUGGGGUACAGAGCAUUCGGGACUCCAGGAAAAAUGGCCGCCGGGAUCGCAAUCACCCUGCAGAACAUUGGAGCCAUGUCCAGCUACCUGUAUAUUGUGAAAUCUGAGCUUCCUCUUGUGAUCCAAGCUUUCCUGAAGGCCGACCCCAACUCGGAUCUGUGGUAUUUGAAUGGAAACUACUUGGUCAUUAUGGUGUCGGCGAGUGUCAUCCUGCCCUUGGCUCUUAUGAAGCAGCUCGGUUACCUUGGCUACACCAGUGGAUUCUCUCUGAGCUGCAUGGUGUUUUUUCUCACUGCAGUCACCUAUAAGAAGUUUCAGAUCCCCUGUCCAUUUGAGGAGUUCUCAAUAAACGGCACCUCCACUCACCACGCUGUAAAUGUCUCAGGCCAUGCCCACGGGUACAUCAAUGGGGCGGUCCCUGCAGAGGACGAUGCCCACUGUACCCCACAAAUGUUCACCAUAAACUCCCAAACUGCAUACACCAUCCCUAUCUUGGCCUUUGCUUUUGUUUGCCACCCAGAGGUCCUCCCCAUCUACACUGAGUUGCGCAACCCAACAAAGAAGAAAAUGCAGAAAGUGUCCAACAUUUCCAUCCUUGUCAUGUACACAAUGUACUUCCUGGCUGCUUUGUUUGGCUACCUGACCUUUUAUGGUAAUGUGGAGCCUGAGCUGCUGCACACGUACAACCGCAUUGACCCCUAUGACACCCUGAUCCUGUGUGUGCGAGUGGCCGUCCUCACUGCAGUCACUCUCACUGUCCCCAUUGUGCUGUUCCCUGUGCGCAGAGCCAUUCAGCAGAUGGUGUUCCCCACUAAGUCCUUCAACUGGAUCCGCCACAUCAGCAUUGCUGUGAUCCUGCUCACGUUCAUCAACAUGCUCGUCAUCUUUGCACCUAAUAUCCUGGGCAUCUUUGGAGUCAUUGGUGCCACUUCUGCCCCAUGUCUGAUUUUCAUCUUCCCCGCUGUGUUCUACAUCCGCAUUGUGCCUAAAGACAAAGAACCAAUGACCUCUGUACCAAAGAUACUGGCCGUAUGUUUUGCUGCUCUGGGCGUGUCUUUCAUGGUGAUGAGUUUGAGUUUCAUUAUUAUCGACUGGACAACAGGGACCAGUCGUGCUGCUGGCGGACACUAGCCUCAACUGCUCUUCUGCUACUUCAACUACCACUACUACUAUAAUUUCUACUACUACUUCUACUUCAGUAACACACAUAUGACUACAAACAGGUAUUGUGGAGGGAGUACAAUGACCUUAAGGGGAACAUACUAAAAGCACAGUUCAAUUUUGUACAUCAGACUGUUUCUGAUUGUAGUACACAUAUCAAAACUGAUUUAAUACAGAUUUCUCAUUUUAAAUAUUGCAGUCAUUAUAAAAAGAUUCUAAAGGUGCAUGUCACUGAGAUAAUAUGACCUUUUUUUCCUUGUUCACAUAAAUAACUGCAGCUGGUACUGUACAAAAACACUAUUAAAGACACAUGAGCAUACUGUAUAUUUACCAAAUAUUUUAUCAUGUCACGCACAAAUGGAGAAUGGCCUUCAAAAACCUUUAUUUUGAAAUGCUUUAGGACAGGAAUCAAUGUGGUAAUUGCCUUUUGAUAUAAAGUUAUAUUCACAGAAACACUGGUGCCUUUUCCAAAUAAGACACAGACACUUAUUUAUUCAGAAGCUACUUCUGUUUUUAAUCACAGAUAAACUAUAUUUAACUCUGCUUUUGAUGAAGUUUCACAAAAUAUAUAUUUACUUAGACUUCAUUACAGUAUAGUGUUUUAAGCUUUAUCUUUCUUUCUGGGUUAAAGGUCCAGUAUGCAAACUUAUCUGGUGGGGAUCCUACCACCUGCUUUUCUCUAUGGUUACUUUUUGUCUCAAAUGGUCCACAGUAUAGCAUUAAACACAUCACCUCUCCUCAGAUCUGACAUGUAAUUUGUCCUGGUUGUCACCUACUUGACUCCAUUGAGCAAAGCAGCUAAUAAGAUCUCCAUAGAGACAAGCUGGUGCAGACCGUCCACCACAAACGUUACAUUGUCCUCCUUUAAAUAUGAAUAUUGUGGUUGAGUAAAACUUUUUCUUAAAGGUGUUAUGUAUUUAUUCCUGCAUAUAAAUUAGGUGCACAAUCACAACCUUAACCAUUUUUCCAUUAACCAUUUUUCCUAAUAUUUGAAUCUUCUUCUUACCUUGUAGUCAUCGAUCAUGCAUUUGUCCACAAGUAAUUCUACCGUCCCACAAUAUAAUAAUGUAAUAUAAUCUAUGUGACUGCCAUUACGACCUCACUGUAAACGCAGUGCAAACUCUCACCAAAUAUGUUUUUUUUUUUGUUUUUUUUUCAUAGCAAAUCAAAGGUUUGUCUUUUUCUUGUAAACACUGCAUUUGUUGUAUUUACUUAUUUGAAUAUGUUUGUAUAUUUCAUUAGAAAGAUCCAAGUAUAGAAUAUUAUGCCGUUAAUUUGAGCUUUUGUUGUGGUAGCUUUCUAGGCUGAUCAUAAUGAUUUAGAAAAAUAAACCUGCUGGUGGGUGUGGUUACAUUUAUGACGAUAACUGGGGUGGUCUGGAGUACAGUAUUUGAGUUUUUUGCUUGUGUCUUGUAUCUAGGCCUGGUUUUUAUCGCUUUGUACGCUGCUUCCCUGUCUGAAGCCAGUUUAGUGAACCACACUCAAAUGCACUCAUCCGUUAAUAUGCAAAUGUUAUAGUAGUUUGUGGACAGUUGUUUGCAUUGGUUUUGAAGUCUUCAUUCUAGUCCUAUGCUGUGAUAGUUUGUUGCUUUUUAUUGUUCAUAUGUACAAAGAAUACUUCCUAUAAACCAAAAAUGUUAAAUGGAGCGUGAGAAUUUAAGUGGGACAAGUGUCAUUUUGGAUGACUUUACAUACAGAAAUAUAGAGAUAGCUGUUCAGUGAGUUAUGACACUUAACAAAGUUUUCUCCAGUCUUGUUUUUAUUUGAAUUGAAGCAAGUCCAGCGUUUAAAAUCUUUAAAAUCACACUGGGACUUAAUUUGCUGUGGAGAAUAAAAAUGUAUGCCAAAAGUUAAUGCUAGUACAAUAUCAAUCAAUUCAUUUUAAAUUACAUAAAACUUUUAGCUAACUCUAUGGUUUAAAGGUGCACUACAUAACUUUUCUGGUGGAUGGUCCGCCUCCUGCUUGUUACAUGGAUAUGUCAUUGCUUCGGCUGAAAUGUGUGCUCUAAAGUAUGGCAUUUGUAUAUUUCUCUGGCACUUGUAUAUCUUGGGUUUAUUCAGUUACAGUUGUUCUGAUUUGAUGGAGUCACCUGCUCACAUCCAUGGAGAUUUUUUAAUGCCAUGCUGUAGAAUUUUCCAGGCAAAACAAUUACAUCUCCAUGGAAAAUACAUUUUGGACCCUACACCAAUGCAUAUCACCUUUAAUAUAAGUUGACAACUGCAUACACAGGCCUGUAUUUGUUGCUGUUAUACUGCUCUAUUGGUAGACCAUGCAUCAUUUAUGGAGUCUCAGGCAAUUUCCAGAAUAGCUUUCCCUGCAGUAUUUCCUAUCACUUCAGCUAUCCUUAUAGAAAGAACUUUAUACAAACAGCUUAGUUAGCAGAAUGACACUUGCGCUCCUUAGAUUCUCACUCCUCGUUAUAAGUCAAAGCUGCUUGGACCUAAAUGUAGGGUGACCAGAUUUUCAACAUUUUAAACUGGGACUUGCCCGGGUUAGAAUAUAACAUUGUCCAUUUUCAACGCACUUACGGGUCAGUAUGUAAUCUGGUUCUGUGCUCAUUUUCCAGCAUUGUUUUCUGUAUUUUAGCUAAACAAAUGACGAUAUGCAUUGUUUACAGGUAUCAAAUUGGUCAAAAAUAAGGAUACUUGGGACAUUUGUUGAAAAAAACUAGGACAAAUCACUGGUUUUGGAUAAAUCUACUGGGACAUGGGACACAGGGCUCAAAACUGCCCCGGGUAAAUAUGGAUGUCUGGUCCCCCUAAUUAAAUGGCUUCUCAAAAACCUCUUGUGUAUAAAGAAAAUCAUUAUUUAUGAAUUACUGUUUAUGUUAUGUAGUUUUUGAUCAAAGUGUUUCUAUGUGGAUAAGUUAUCAACCGGAAUAGUGUCCCUUGCUUUUUAUGGUUGCUGUAGUAACAUUAAGUUCUUGUUGUGACAUGUUUAAGUGAAGGACUGAAAUUCACUGGAGGAGAUCAUGCCAAAAUAACAGCUCACUAUCUGCUGCCUGCUUAAAUGCUGCUAACCUUGCAACAGUUUUAAUGCAACCAGUAUAGUCCAAAGUUUGAAUAAUCGUGGACACUGUGUAUAAUGUGAGUAGAAAUGGGUUAUAAAUCUCAUAAAAUGUUUAAGGCUGAGCAGAUGUAAGGGUUCAUGACAGUGGCGGUCUCGAAAGUGAGUCCUAAUCAGAAAAUACUCCGAAAAUUGCACGAGCACAUAAGUCAGCAUUCAUUUCAAUAUAAAGAACAAAGCCAAUAUAAAUUUAUACAAAUAAUCAAGAAAAUAAAUGAUCAGUGCAUGAUGUUUUAUGAAAAUAUUGUAUUUUACUGUAAGAUUUGCAAAUAAUUACUUUUAUUUGACAUUUUAUACAGUGCCCAAACCUGUUCAGAAAGUUUUGUAUAUGGCUGUUGUGAAGAGUAUACAGACAUUAAAUACAAAUGGCAUUGCAGUUGUUGUAAUGUGAUGAUUUUAAAUGUGUAUGUAAACCUUUUAUAUUUGUAAUGCAUAUUCACUGUAGCUUAUUGUAAAGUGUAAAUAGCAGGGACAUAUUUUAGUUUGGCAAUAAAUAAUUGUAGAUGUUUUUA